GUCAAGGGUAAAGAAAGCUCUUCGGGAGCUUGCAACCCGUUUGCGAGAAGUCCUGUCAAUCCACCAUUGCGUGUUAGGUUAGUGUGGGAAGGCGUCGUGUUGUGUUUUGACGCGGCACGCGGUAGCGGAGCGCGCGGCGGUAUGGCGCUACAGCCCUGGUGACUCAGUCGUGUGGCGCGCGCGUUAGCGGCCACUGUUCUCCCAGUGCUCAUGCGAGUGCAGUGUCGACGCGAUGAAGUGGCGCGCGGCGCCUUCCCGCGCCAAAGAGCGCGCCAAUAUCAGUUUCUUCAUCUUCAUCAUGUUCUUUGCGGUGUUUGGUGUCAUAAUCCUCACUGAACUGCUGCCGCUGGAACGGCCCAAUGAGCCUGGUUCCGCAAGAUCGCGUAGCGAACAUCUGCAGGGUUGGGACGGUCGGACGAAUCCUGGGAGUAAUGAAGAAGGAGAGACACCGCCACCAGCGCACGCCCCACUUGACGCCGUCUGGCAACCCGUCGACGGAACCCGGUUUCGUUUCUACGUGUAUUCGGCGUACGUGGAGCGACGGACGGUGGCUGCGGUGCGGAUAAUCGCGGCGACCAAGACGCGAGGCGCGGACAACGUCAUGUGUCGCAUGUGGCUUCCUGAUAACCGCACGCUCACGCUCAAAGCUAAAGUCAAGGCGAUCCGCGAGAAUUGGAAUCUAAAAUACAGCGCGACGUACGUGCUGUGCCUUCUCCGUGACUCGGGCGUGAAGCCUCAGGAGACUGUGGGUGCUUCAGUGUCGGUGGUAGCCAGCAACAGGCCCAAUGUACCACCCACUAACCUGCUUGUUGUGCUCGAUACCGAAGCUAAACCGGGGAUUGAGGAGACCCUACACAUCUGUGUGAAGCCGUUCCAUUACUCGUACGACCGCGACCAGUGGCUGGUGGAGUGGUUCGAGAUGAACCGACUGCUGGGAGCGAGUCACUUCUACAUGUACAACGAGUCGUUGAGCAGGCCCGUCGCGUGCUUGCUCGAGGACUACCGCAAGCAAGGCCUGGUUACAUUACUGUCGUGGAAACUUCCUAUAUUGUCUAAAGUUGAAAUCAGAACAGAAGGCCAGUUCGCUGCGUUCAACGACUGCCUAUAUAGGUCGAUGUCUCGCGCCGGCUGGCUUCUCGUCAUAGACGUGGAUGAGCUGGUCCUGCCGCGACGAGAGAGGACGCUGCCGGCGUUGCUGACGGCGUUGAGAGCGUCAUACAACCCGCCUUCGAAGGCGCCCUCUGCGUUCCUGUUUAGGAAUGCCUUCUUUUAUCUUAGAUGGGAGGACGACGCUGAGGCAAAGGUGCCUCUCCUAACAGCGCGCAAGACGCGUCGCUGGAGCACGCCGCACGCGCUGAAGAACCGCAGCAAGUACGCGCUGCGCCCGCGCGACGCCGUCGAGCUCGGCAACCACUUCGUGUGGGAGCUCGCGCCCGGCGCCAGCUCUGUGGGAGUGCCCAAUGAUAGGGCACUGCUGCAUCAUUACCGGCUCGCAUGUGAAUUUGGCGGUUCAAAUUGCCUAAAAGUGCCGUCGACAAUAGACCGCACUGCACACCGCUGGAAGGACGAGCUACAACAACGCGUCGUCGACGAACGCAAGCGACUAAUCAACGCCUGUGCCACAAUAAACAAUAUAUAA